AAUGAUUUUCAUGUUUCGGAAGGAAAUUUCCGUCUCUCCGAAAUCUUACAAUUCUUUCGAAAUGCAGCAUUGGACGUACCGCUGAGAAAAUGGAACUUUGGUUCUCCUCAUUCUUCCGGAUCCAGCAUCAACAUGGAACUUAUACCACUUGGACUCCAGUCUCCCCAACACGCCGGCUCGGAAAGCAGUUUGCAAGGCAAACCCAGGGAGCUCGGCUCUCUCUCCGGUACAGUGGAUGCAAGUUUGCUGAGCAAACUGAAAAGGAAGAGUAUUUCGAGAGAAAGACGCGACGACAAUUAUGAAAUGAUGAGCCCAAUGUCUUCCAGUACUAUACUGGCACCUCCACGAAUGUCUGCUGAGCAUUCACUACGAACGGCGCGAGGAAAAGACUCUCUAGAACAAGUUUCACCAGCGAUGACGGCCUAUCUCGGUGUGUUGACCAUGAGUCAAGCCGAAGAACGAGUCAACAAGCCAACUUCAUUCAAACUCUAUCAUUUGGUAAUCUGA